AUGCGAGGUACCGUUGAUCGUAAUUCCCUUCUUUUUGAUCCUGAGAUCGAGAAGACUGCUCGGAAGAAUCGAGCUCAACAGAGAAAGCAAAAACAAGCAAAAACAAUGGCUGAGACACCGGAACAGAUUGAGGCGAGGAUUCGAGCUGAAUUUGAAGGGCGAUAUGAUGCAGAUUAUGAAGCCCGGAGAAUUCAGCGAGACAGAGAGUUAGAAGAACAAAAUGCCAGGAGAUCCAUUAGGGAGAUAACUACCCCUGACAUAAGCUUUGAAUUUGAGGGAAGUAUUGUUCCACCUACUGAUGUUCCAGAAAAUUUCCAGGUGCCAACUCACUUCAUGCACCUAGUGAGCCAACACCAAUUUGGAGGGAGUAUACUCGAAGAUCCCUAUGCUCAUAUGGCUACAUUCACAGAGCAAUGCACCCCAUUGAAGAAACAGGGAAUCACUCUAGACACAGUAAGGUUGAUGUUGUUUCCCUUUUCCUUAAGGGAUUCUGCUGCCACUUGGUUGAGGUCUCAACCUCCACACAGUAUUGUAUCAUGGGAUGACCUAGCCAAGAAAUUUACGUCAAAGUUUUUUCCAGCAACCCACACGAGGAAGUUAAAGCAAGAGAUCAACUCCUUUCUCCAGAUGGAUCAAGAGAACUUAUAUGAGGCAUGGGAACGGUUCAAUGAGCUUCUAAGGAAAUGCCCAAGCCAUAAUAUUUCUCUUACUGAUCAGGUAUUAAUUUUUUAUACCGCAUUGAAUGACUAUACCAGAGACAAAUUAGAUACUGCAGCUCCAGGUGGAGCUUUUGAUGUUUUGCCCACUAGUGAAGCUUUAGAGAUAAUUAAUAAUCUAGCAACCAGAGCUAUGCAUUCCAACAACGACAGGCAGAACAGAAAAAGUGUUCAAGAAGUAGAGACAUAUGAUGCAGUUCUAGCCUCAAAUAAGAAGUUGUCUCAGAAAAUGGAUGCCAUAGUGAAGCGUUUGGAUGACUGCCAUGUGGGCAAUGAUGAUGCAAAAUUCGAUGAGGAGGUAAAAAUACUUACUAACCCCCAAAAUAAUCCAUAUUCCAAUACUUAUAAUGCAGGUUGGAGGAAUCACCCCAACUUCUAUUGGGGAGGGCAAAAUAAGUCAACUCAAUCAGGAGAUCCAAGACAAUAUUCCAACCAGCGGGGUCAUUAUCAGGAGCAAAGGCAGCCACCUCAACAAGAUGAAGGAGCUGGAAAGAAGAACUUGGAAGACAUUAUGGGGGAAUUAGCCCAAACCACCAAGAGUUUCAUCAAUGAAUCUCGCAAUAAUUUCAAGAACCAAGAGGCUUCAAUAAAAAAUCUGGAGAACCAGGUUGGUCAAAUCUCAAAACAACUCGCUGAAAGACCUCCAGGUAUGUUUCCUAGUAACACUGUGCCUAACCCCAAGGAAAAUAUAUCUGUUGUUACUCUAAGAAGUGGGAAAGUGAUGCAUGAAAUUGAAAAGAAAAAAGAUAGUGAAAAGAAUAAGAAUGAGGUUGGAAAUAAAAGUGAAUCUGAAAUGAUAAGUAAGGAAAAAGAACAGAGUGAAGAUAGGUUAGUGAAUGAGAAUAAAGAAAAGAAAACAAUUCCUACUGGUUGUGGAAAAAUCCCUUUCCCCAAUGCUUUAGUAAAAAAGAAUUUGGAAAAACAAUUUUCAAAAUUUUUAGAAGUUUUCAAGAAGCUUCAAAUUAACAUUCCUUUUUCUGAAGCAUUGGAGCAAAUGCCCACUUAUGCUAAAUUCAUGAAAGACAUUUUGUCAAGGAGAAGAAAACUAAGUGAGGAGAGUGAAACUAUAAUGUUAACUGAGGAAUGCAGUGCUAUUCUACAAAAGAAGCUCCCUCCUAAACUGAAAGAUCCUGGUAGCUUCACAAUAUCUGUUGACAUAGAAGGUCUAGCCGUAGGAACACUACAACAUUUUCGGCUUUAG